AUGUUCGCUCCACCCAAAAGCCGUGAUGACUUCCGUGUCGGUAUUGUCUGUGCCCUGGCUGUUGAGUAUAAUGCUGUGAGCCAUGUUGUCGACGAGUUUUGGGAAGAAACCAAGCUGGGGAGGUCAGUUGGUGACCCAAAUACUUACUCAAUUGGGCGCAUGGGGGGAGUCAAUGUUGUCCUUGUCCUUCUUUCGGGUAUGGGAAAGGUCAACGCUGCAAGUGCGACAGCAAGUUUCCGUGCCAGUUAUCCCAACCUCGAAUUGGUUUUGGUGACUGGGGUUUGCGGCGGUGUGCCUGUAUCUCCCUCAGGCGAGGAGAUUCUUCUCGGCGACGUUGUUAUCAGCAAGGCGGUCGUCCAGCGUGAUUUCGGUCGACACUAUCCCGAUAAGCUUGAGAUUAAGGACACUCUCGAUGAUCGCUUAGGAAGACCGACGAAAAACAUUCGCAACUUUGUCGCUCGGUUUGAGACCGACAGAGCCCGGGAAAAGCUCGAAGAUAAGGCGACAGUGCAUUUGGAGGAACUUCAAUUGCGCGCCGGAGGACAACGUCGAGCUGCGAAUUAUCACUUUCCUGGGGCAGAUAAGGAUUGUCUGUUUCCUCGCUCAUAUCUCCACAAGCAUCAUUUAGACUGCAAUUUCUGUAUGAGUGGCUCUGGAGUAUGUGAGGCCAGUCGCAACGCCUCAUGUCUCGAACUUGGCUGCGACAAGAGACAGCUCCUCGUCCGAGAUCGACUUGACCAAAAGUCGAAGUUGCAACAAAGCGGGCGCGAGAAAGAUGCCCAAGCCCCGUACAUUUUCGUCGGACACAUCGGUUCAGGAGAUACGGUCCUCAAAUCAGCCGAAGAACGCGAUAGACUUGCGAAAGCCCAUGGUCUCAUCGCGUUCGAGAUGGAAGGUGCUGGUGUAUGGGAGGAAAUCCCUUGCAUCGUUGUCAAAGGCAUCUGUGACUAUUGUGAUAGCCACAAGAACAAGAAAUGGCAAAACUUUGCCGCGGCAACAGCUGCAGCUGUGUCCAAAGUGCUCAUUGAAGAGUAUCCAAUCACAGAGCAUCGCACGCGAGAUGAGAGUGACCGGGUGGGAUGCGGCGGGCCAGUUUUUCAUGGAAGCGUAUCCGACAGUAACAUCUUGACUGGAAUACAUUCAAAUGGCGGAACUCAAGUGUUCAAUUUUGCGUGA